AUGAAGGCCUCUUGGUCAAGGCUUGUUUUCACAACUGUCCAAGCCGCCACUGCUGCCACUAACCCUCCCAGAGCCAUUGGUUCAGAGGAUUCUUUUGAAGGAUUGCACUGUUGCACCAUGGUGGGAUGUGAUGCAAGAGCUCCACAAGACCUGCCGAGUGAUAAAACGAAAGCACUUCCUGAGGCUGCAUUGACCGGACUGCUUUGUGACUAUGCUGCCCGUGGCGACAUCAGUGCCUUUCGAAGCUUGAUUCACCAGGGAGCGGAUGUAAAUUCGGCAACACCCUAUGACCUACGUACGCCUUUGCACUUGGCAGCUGCAGCCGGGAAGCUUGACAUGGUCAAGUUCCUUGUGGAAGACUGUGGCGCAGCAUUGCGACAGGAUCGAUUUGGGUUGCUGCCGAUACAUGAUGCGGUUGAGAACGGACACUCGGAGCUCAGACGUUAUCUCCAGAGCCAAAAGCUCGCAGAGCCAAAGAACAUGCAAAAGCGCAGAAGAUUGGACUCUGGAGAGAACAUCAAUUCUGCAGAGUCUCGAUUGGAACAAGAGAUGGAUGAUCUAAUGGGCACGGUUUUCGAGCUUGUGGUGAAAGAGGGUGUGUUCAGCUAUACAAGUGUUCAUGCGGAAGUUCUGCAUUUCUUCAAAGUGCUCCGCUUUCAUGAGAUUUACUUCCGACACUUUACUCCGCUGCAAAUUGCAAAGCACGUUCAUUGCCUUAUUGCAGCCAAGCAUGUGGCACGUGCUACAGAUGACAUUGGAGGUCUUGAGUUUGACUUCAAAACCUCGCAGAGCGGCUUCUUCCUCAGCACUAUAGGAAGCUGUCGCGAGCCCACAGGAGCGCAAAUGCAGACCAUUGCUUCCGUGUCUGCCUUUGUCACCAAUUUUAUGGAAGCUAACCAGAACGUCUCGCUGAUCUUCAUGUCUUCCGAGGGACCUGUGUUCAUUGGUGGGCAAGAAAAAUUGGGCAUUUACAGCGUUGAGACGGGUCAUUUCGAGGCAACACGCGCGACGGAGGGGGAAUCCAGCUUGGAAGUCUUAGCGUCUUCCAGAUUCUUGAAAACAAAGACUCGAGAAGCCAAAGAGCAAUACCAGAUUGUCAUGGAGGAUGUGGUGGCAAGUCGCCGAAGCGCUGUGCGAAUUGUGCCCGGACAUCUUUACCCUGGACCAUGCCCUUUUGGCUACGUGGUCCUUUUCGCCACUGCAGAAACUGUGGGGAGGCACUACCUCCCCGAAAUCUGGCAAGCCAUGCGUUUCGUCGGGCUUCUUCCAAGACGCUUCUAUUUUGAAAACUUUGCCAACGGCGUCAUUACAUACAGCCUUUUCUUUCCAUCGGCUACAGAUGACCAGGUGCACAAGCUGAAAAGGACCAUCAUGCACGCCACCUUACUGAAAGAGACUCCUGGAAGGUCGGCACUUUUGUACAACAACGUUAUGCAAUCAAGGAUAUCUCACGAAUGUGGACUUUACUUGCUUGCGGCCGUCAAGUUUGUGUACGCGUUCUUUCCCAAAGAGCAGUACUCAAGGGAAUACACAGGCGUCCACAAAGUUCUGGAGCAAAAUCCUGCCGCCCAACGGAAGUUGGAGACAUUGUACAGGCUUUGUAUGAAGGAUUUGCUCUCAACUGAGCGCAUUUACCAGCUGAUCAGCAAACGGCCAGCCCUCGCUGAGCAGUUCUAUGCAGAUUUUCGCAAGAUAGCCCUUGGUGAGAUAGAGCCCACCUUCAACAAAGAGCUCGGUACGUCCAUUGAUGCAGCUUGCAGUGAUCCUCAGGAUCGUCAAAUCUUGAGGAUGUUCCUGACAUUCAACGAGAGCGUGCUCCUAACCAACUUCUUCAAACCUGAUAUUCCGGGUGCCUUUGCAUUCCGCUUGAAUCCGGCAGUUGCCUUGAAGCAACGACCGGCAUCAUUAUACCCUGAAGUUCCAUAUGGGAUCUACAUGAUUUGCGGCCGUGAUUUCAUGGGUUUUCACACCCGCUUCCGCGAUGUAGCACGCGGCGGCAUUCGAUUGAUCCUCUCUCGGGACAAGGCAAUGUAUGAGCGAAACUUUGCAACCCUCUUCGAUGAGUGCUACAACCUGGCAUACACGCAGCAGAACAAGAACAAAGACAUUCCAGAAGGUGGCGCCAAGGGAGUGAUUCUCCCCGACUCCUGUUGGUCGGGACGAAAGGAAGGAGAUGGAAACGCGCUCAUUGGAAUGACUUCCCAGGGCCCUGCUGCAAUGCGCUCCUGCUUCAUAAACUAUGUCAACGCACUCCUCGACUGCAUGCAGCCUGAGCAAAACCAUUUGUACUCUGGGCAUAUGAAGAAGAAGGCGGAGAUCCUUUUCUUUGGCCCGGAUGAAAACACGGCCGGGUUCAUGGAUCUGGGCGCCGACAUUGCUCGGGAAAGAGCUUAUCCAUAUUGGAAAUCGUUGACCACGGGCAAGAGCGUAUCAUUAGGUGGGGUGCCUCAUGAUACCUACGCUAUGACUACAACCAGCGUUCACACCUAUGUCACUGAGCUGUUGCGGGAGCUGGGCGAGGAUGAAUGCAGCAUCACCAAAUUUCAAACUGGCGGACCUGAUGGCGAUUUGGGCUCAAAUGAGAUUCUGGUAUCGAAGGACAAGACCAUAGCCAUUGUGGAUGGCUCCGGGGUUGUGUAUGACCCACAUGGCAUUGAUCGCGCUGAACUCCGGCGACUGGCAAAGAUGAGGGUUCCAAUCAGCCAGUUCAAUCGGUCCAUGCUCAAGCCUGAAGGGUUCCUAGUCACUGUGGAGGAGACCGACGUAGCUUUGCCAGAUGGCUCAAAAUACCUCACUGGAGCUGAGCUGCGAGAUUCCUUUCAUUUAUCUCCAUAUGCGACUGCAGAUCUAUUUGUUCCAUGCGGCGGUCGGCCAAACUCAAUUACAACAGACAAUGUGAAAAAGCUGUUCCAUGCUGAUGGUGUCAAGCCCAAAUUUCGGAUGAUUGUGGAAGGAGCCAAUCUAUUUUUGUCAGAUGGUGCAAGGGUGACUUUGGAGAAUUCUGGUGUGCAUGUGUUCAAAGAUGCAUCCACGAACAAGGGCGGGGUGAACAGCAGCUCGCUUGAAGUCUUUGCUGGCUUGGCGUUGCUGCCGGAGGAGCACAAUGCACUCAUGUGCUACAACCCUCGGACAGGUCAAGCGCCGCAAUUCUACCAGGACUACGUUCGGCAAAUCCAAGAGAUCAUCAUUGAGAAUGCCAAGAAAGAAUUCAAAGCCAUUUGGGAGUGCAACAAGCAAGGAAUCAAGAAGGUUGACGCAACUCGCCUCAUCUCCAGCAAAAUUACGCAAAUGCAAGACGCCAUCAUGGUCAAGAUCCAGGACAUGGGCGGCGAUGAACGAGAUCAGCUCGUGCGCAGCGUUUUGGCCAUGGCAAUCCCACCUUUGAUGCUGCAGAAGCAGGGCAUCGAGGGUCUCCUAAAAACUGUACCUUCCAACUAUGUUUCGGCCAUUGUUGGAGCAUGGGUGGCUUCCCGCUUUGUAUACUCGCAUGGCAUCAACGCUUCCGAGGUGUCCUUCUUCUUCUUCCUCCGAGGGCUAUUGAACGGAACACAGAUGCCAUAA